AUGGAGACCUUGACGAAUGACACACUUGAAACAACUUCCAGGAAUAAUGAGGAAAAUCUUUUAAAAUAUGAAAACUCUUUGCUUCUAAAUUUGCAGCUGAGUCAAUCUAAAUUUGAUCCACAAAUAGAGAAUUCGGACGAUUAUAUGGAGGCUAUCUUAGUCAGAUAUGGAGGCAGAUAUAGAAGAGCAAAGAAUAACUUUAAAAUUAAUUUCCCUCCUAUGUUUUAUGUUGGAUACGAGUCCUUCUUUAGUAAAAGUGUGAAGAAGGAUGAUACCUUAAAGUUCUACACCAAGUUGGAUAAAGUUUUGAUCAGAUAUUUUACUUUUGAUGUGUUUCAAAGAUCAAGUAAUUUUUCAUUGAAAAUAUUCAUUCCUUCUUUAUGAAAAAUGCUCCCAAAUGUCAUUGAGAGGUGUUCUUUUAGUAGAAUAAAAUUUGUUGGAAAUCAAUUUGUAAAAAUCAUUUCAAAGUGUGAAAAAAUAGAAAGGUUAAAAUUUGCUAAUUGAGCUUUCUCUGUGCAUAUCAUUAAGCAGAAGAUCCCAAAUUCUACCAAUCCUGAACAAAUCGGGUUUGCAAAUUGCUGUGAUCUAUCAAGAAAAGCUUGGACAAAAGAUUCAGCAGAAUUGCAUUCAAUUUUGGAAAUUAUAGGGAAAUCAAAGCUUUCUGGAAAUAUUAAACUAAUAAGCCUAACAUAUGGUUUUAAAGAAAAAGAAAUGGGUGAAAUUUUCGAAAGUUUUGGAAUUCAUUCAAAAGUAUUUAGAAAAAGGCCUCUGGAUCAAUAA